AGUCCUGCAGCCUCCUCAGCUCCAGCUCCAGCUCCUCUCUCAGAGCCCACAGCACCAUGAAGGUCCUGGCAGCCACCCUGGCCACUCUGCUGCUCCUGGCCACCUGCUCCCCAGCUGAAGGUCACCUUGAUGGUGUCCCCACCAAGUGCUGCUUCACCUACCAGAUGAGGCCCAUCCUCCCUCAGCCGCCGCCUUGGUUUACCCAGGUCCGGUGGUGCGUGCUGACACACGGUGAGCUGCCCUGCAGUGCCAGACACCGGGCAGCUCAAGGCAGGUUUUGUCCUGGCAGUGUGGUCACCCUGAGGAAGAAGGAGCUGUGUGCAGAUCCAAAGGAAAAAUGGGUGCAGAAUCUCCAGAAGCACUUCCAGAACGCAAAAAACUGAGCCUUCCCUGCUGACAGCCAGAAUCCCAACCCUGCACAGCCUCCAGACUCGGGCACAACAGAGAGGAUUUGACCCCCAGCCUUCUUCAGAGGAGAAAAUUAUUUUAUUUAACUUAUUUAAGUUAAACUAAAUAU